GUUAAAUAUGUACCAGAUCAAGAUGUUUGAAAAUGCAUGGAGCGAUAAUUCAUGGCCGAUAGAUAGAAAAUAUUAUCUCCAUAAUUUCUGAUUCUGUGGUUACGAAAUCAAUCAACUCUUUCUGCAAGAUAUUCCGGCACUGAACAUGCCAGAGAUGCCAACACCUUUGUCUGGAUACUUUAUGGGAACAAAUCAAAGACAAUAUGAAGAAGAAACUGGGUUAAAAUCAAACAGAGAUCCAAUGAAUGAUGAGGAGCAAAAAUCUUUAGAUAAUAAAGCUUUUAACAAGGUUCUCUCGGAGCAAGUUGCUCAAAGCUCUUCGUUGCAAGUAUAUCCAUCUUUCGAUUUCAACAAGAAGAAGAUGAAAAAAAUUGAAAGAGACUUCACCAAUUUAAACUCAAGAAAGGAUGUAGUUUACAAGGUAGUCCUUAGAUUCUUCAGGAGGACUUGCCAGAUGCAAAUCAAGCAAAUGAAAUGCUCAACAUGCACCUAUCAGCUUGACUCUGAGCAUCCUUGCUGUCACACUGGUGAGAAAGCAAGAAUGUUCUUAAAGUCUGUACUAGGCAUUCCUCCCACUCCUGAGCUAGUUGAAAUAUUCAAAGUUAUCGUAUCGUUUGGCUCUCUGUACAAUUCUUCGGAGUCGCCAGCUUAUGAGUUCACGAAUCUGUUCAAAGCUUGAAUGGGCAAGUUCAACAGAAAGAAGCUCCACAAGAUAAUAUCGAACAAAUAUUUUGCUGCAAUUUUUGUCAAAUUUUGGCAAAGACCCGAGUUAUUCCAAAAUAUGGUUAGGUCCUUGAACUCAAAGAGAGCACAAUUAAUAAAUGAAGAAGCCCAUAGAUACUACCUACAGAAGCUGAUUCACAGCUGUAUGGAGACCCUUCAGAAAUAGAGUUCAC